AUGCUUCAGGUUGAAAAACAAAGAACAAAAGUAGCAGAUACAAAACCGUUAGACUAUAUCUUUACAAAUGCUGGUAGGACUAUUUCAGAUGAAGAAAUUUCAUCCCGAGUAUACAGGUUUGACUAUCCAAUUCGUUGGCUUCAAAGUCCUUCAGAUGCAAAGGCAAUAGGAUUUAGAAGAGUUUUGUUUUCAAAUAGAACUAACGCAUUU